CCCCCCGGAGUGACAGGGCAUUUCUGAGCAUCGCAACGAUGUGCAGACUGACAGUCUUCAUUGUGGCUGUCUGUGCAUUGAUGGUGGGUCUCUCAGUCUGCUGCCCCCCAAGAAGAUACCACGUCAGCAGAGAUACAAAGACCUGGGACCAAGCUCGUCAAUACUGUCAAAGUAAUUUCAUUGAUCUGGUUAGUGUUCCCAGUGAAGAGGAAAUGCUGGCAGUCAAGGCACUGAUUUCCCGGCUCUCAGAUUACACGUUUUGGUUGGGUCUGCGCAGAAACACAGUCAGCUCGCCUUGGGAAUGGUCAACCGGUGUGGCCUUUCAAUACAGCAAAUGGCUGAGUUGGGAACCAGAUGCUAAUGGAGAUUGUGGAGUCAUGAUUCCCACCGGAGAGUGGGGAGCUGAACCUUGUGGUAACCCUCAGUGCUUCGUCUGUAUGGCAGGACCUUCUGCGCUGUGCGGUCAGAGGGAGUACUUCCUGGUUGACACAGUGAAGAAUGCGGAUGAAGCCAGAGAACACUGCAGAUCUCUGUACACAGACCUGGUGAGCAUCACAAGCCAAGACGUGCUCCUGGAUAUCGAACAGCUGAUGAACAAAGACACUUCCAAUAUCGACUACUGGAUAGGACUGAGGAGGGACGGUGGGUCUUGGGGCUGGGGAAAUGGGGAAACCUUCAGCUACAGCAACUGGGGAGAGACAUGGAGCACUUCAGACUGUGUGACGCUCAAGACCUCUCAUUGGAAUUUUGGGGCAUGGCAGGUGAACAACUGCAAUGACAACAACAAGUUCAUCUGUUACAAAGAUCUACAGAACCCCACCACUGUUCAGUCUGGCUCUAAGAGCUCUCCAACCACCCGGCCAGCCUCUUCUCAAAUACAAUCCAAGCAGCCUUCCACGAUGGGCAGCACCUCUCCUCCAGCAGCAGCGGAUCCACAUGACACCACCAUUGUUCAGUUUGACUCUUCCCAAACAGAAGAUGGAGAACAACAAUCCCAGCAUCCUUCCACGAUGGCCAGCCCCUCUCCUCCUGCAGCAGCGGAUCCACAGGACACCACCACUGUUCAGUCUGACUCUCAGAGCUCUCCAACCACCCGGCCAGCCGCUUCCCAAACACCAGAUGGAGGAGAACAAUCCCAGCAGCCUUCCACGAUGGACGGCACCUCUCCUCAAGCCAGCUCCCCUGGGCACUCUGGAACUUCACCUGCAGCAGAAGAUCCUAAACCCUCAAGCCCACCUUCUACACCGGUCUCUAAAGAUCCAAACCCCUCCGACCCUCCUUCCACUCCAGUCUCUAAAGAUAACAUGGCAAUCGGAAGGGUCAAACUUACUGCACCAAAAGGAAUGAAUCUUGAAGACCCCAAAGUGAGCGAAGCCAUUUUAGAGCAGAUUCGGGAGCACCUCUCCCAGACGUUUCCGAUGGACGGCAUGAAGAUGCGCUGGAGAAAACAAGAUGGAGAGAUUUUCCACAAGGAUGUGGGAGAGGAGGAGGAGGAAGAUGAGGAAGAUGAAGAAAAGUGCUCUGAUCUGUGAGAUACCAGG